AUGGGUUCUUGCAGUAUUGGUCAGUGUUCCACUAGCUUUUCCUUUAUCAUUGGGAAGAACAUGGUGGAUGGAAAUGCCCUGAUUGGUUACGUGUUUGCAAAUGUUUCCGUGGCAGGAGUGAUGGAUUGUUACAAAGCAUGCCGACCAAACUGUCGGUGCAUCUCGUUCAACUUCUUGACAAAUACCAACCAGGACAACUGUCAACUGAAUGAAGAAAACAGACAUCUGAAGCCUGAUGCGUUGAAACCAAUGGAUGGUUGGAUGUACUACGACAUGGUUAUUGAAUAUAGGGUUGGUUAAAAAUGAUUCAACAAUAUUUUCCCUUGCUGUGCUUGUGCCUCGUGUUAUAACAAAUGCUGCAAAGAUCAGCCGUGUCUGAAUGGAGGAACGUGUCGGGAAAACUGUCAGGAGACUGGAAAACGAUUCAUCUGUGAUUGUCCUGUCAAAUAUACUGGCCAGUUGUGUGAAAGUGGUAUGAAUGCACUUAUUUAUAGUUUUAGAGAUCUUCUAAGGAGUGGCUAUUGA